GUUUCAGAACAGAAAAUGUCGGACGAACCAGAGGCGGAGUGGAACAUGUUUGGAUUGAAAAUCGGAUGGGACGCAUAGAAUUAUGAAUCGCGACGAAAUUCAUCACCUUCGCGAUCGUCUAUUGAUGCUUGCGGAAUGUUCGAAUCCCCAUAAACCGCAAAAUGUAAAAAGGAAAACGAGAACGGCGACAAUACCCCCUAAGGCACGCUUAAAAGCGGGUCCCAAAUGGAGUAUGCAGGACUUCGUUAGAAGGGAUCCUGGAUAUACGCCGGACAUAGAACAUUUAGUAUUUCCGUCGAGAAAAAUCCACUCCCAACAAGAACCUACGAAUAAUCCCGCUCCCUCGAAAACUCGAUCUCGUUUAGCGGAAAUGUUUGCUUUAAGCCGACACCUUCAACAACGAUCGACUGACAGGAAUGUUAAAUCAAGAAAUACAACGGUCAAUAGGAGCAUCGACAGUGCACUUGGACCAGCUCGCACAUCGUCAGUGGGAUUGGCCUCUACGAACCCGCGAACGACGGACUCCACGGCGUCUACAAGGAGGUGGGUGCCAGUCGAAGAACCAGUCCACCAAACAUCCUCCAGCGUUCCUCGCAUUAGUCCUGCCGCGGAGUUUGAUAUGGCAGCUACCAGAGGUCCAAAUGUAUCGGUCUUGCAUCUUCGUGGUGCACCUGAACCGUGGGAAACGAGUCCGACGUCGGCAUUCACACCAAGUGCAGGUAGAUCGUAUUCAUCGGGACGCAACAUUCCGCCGCUAACGAAACAUCAAUCGUUGGGAAAUCAAAGCUACAAGUGGGAUGAUUCGUCUAGAUUUUUCACCGAAACGUCAGCAGAUUUGUACGUGAAAAGUUCGUGUAAUCGCGAAUUGUCGCCAGUGCGUUGGUGUGAUCGUGAGGUGGACGGUGUAUAUUUAGGGCGGUCCGGUUGGGUACAGGUGCAGCAAAGAUCUCUUGAUGAUUGCAGAAAGUCUUCAUACGCAAAUCCAAUUUCGGGAUCGCUGGAACUCUCGCGGCGCACUGGAAUCAAACUUGCAAAUUAUCACUGCAAUAGCGAACCAGCUAAACGGCAAAACGGCGGAAGAACAAAUGAGUUGCAAAGACCUGCCUAUCUUCCGCUAAAUACCCGCGAACAAGAAUCUUGCAACAAAAGUCCAUCCCCACCAUUACCAGUUCAGGAGUGCUCACCCCCUUCCGUUACACCCAUUAUUUCUCCACCUCCCGCCUUUCAAGAUCGAAAAUCAAAUAGUGGAUCAAAAUCUCGCACUUUCUUCGGAAAACCCCCAUUUCUUCCCCGCUCAAACGCAAUCGUUGACAGCGAUAUUAUCAGUCCACCACCCUCGCCGCCAAUGGAGAAGAAAAUGACCCGGAACUCAACCUUACCGCAAGUGACUCAAUCACGUAAAAUAAAGCUCACCCCAUCGCCAGUAUCGAGACCCACCCUACCGUACCCUCGGAUACCCCAAACAAAAUCCUUAGAAGAAACUAGUAACAAUCGCCGAACGCAAUUCUUACAACGACACGGCGAAUCCUCAUCUUCCUCGUCAUCGUCAAUGGGUUUCCGAAGCUUAGACAGCUGCGUUAACCGGCCUACAAUGCCGAAACUUUCCGAAAAUACAGAUUCGUCGAUAGAUAUGUACGAAGAUGCCGACGAAGAAGACAAUAACAGCUCAUCUUUAAAUGUAAGCCUUAUCUCUUCAAUCGGUAAUAUUCUACCGUCGGAUUCUCUCCGGCCUCGUGAGAAAAUAUCACCAUCGGGCCGUACUCGUGUCCUGCGACCACAUACGCGCAGAUCACCGGCCAGUUCGGACACAAAUAAACCGGGAAAUUGCUCCUCGCGUAGUUCCUCAUCUUCAAGUAACGAUGGAUUUCCGAGCCGAUCACCGUCUGGAUCCCAACAACAGUUGCGCAGAUCGGCGCCACCGCGUCAACAUUACAACGCCAAAACUCCCGUUGAUGAUCCGCAAAAAGUGCGAAGAUCACGCAGUCUGCAGCUACCUGAAAAGAAACAACAAUCGUCUGGUUACCGUGAACCUUCCGUUCCGCCCAGAGUUUCUCCGCAACCAGACUCGUACCGUGUGGUAUCCAAACAAGGGAUGAAACGGCAAACCGCACAAUCGAACAAAGUGCAAUCACUAGAAAGCGAUGCUAUCGCUGACAGUAUGUUGAGAGAAGCCGAAAUCGUUACUGAAUAUCUGUAUGGAACCCGCAGUCAUGCCGCCGCCCAAGCUUUACUAAUCCACAGGUAUAACAACGGCAGAGAAGAGAAGAUAAAAGAAUCGAAACCUGUCAGUAAUAGCGGCGGUUUCGAUGUGAUAUACGUCGGUAAUUCGUCGCGUGAAAGACAAAAGAUCUUGCAGAGGUGUGUUACGACGCCCAACUCGAGUUCAACAAAACAAUCGUUUAAAAUCAGCCCCACAACCGAAACCGGAAAUACUUGCAAUUCUAGUACUUGCGAUUUUUGGCCCCACUGUGCACAUCGAGAUAGUUUGAAUAGCAAAGCGCAGUCAAUGAUGCGACUUUCACAAAGCUACCCCAGCCAUCAGCGAUCGCUAGACGUUGAUAAUAAUCGUCCAAACAUGGGUGGUGUGGAAAGAACGAGCCAAGAACAACACAAAAAGCGUUCAAUUAACUCGAAAAACGUUAUGGAUCCCGGAAAUGUGUCGCACGUGCAGAGGAAGCGUAACGAAUCGUUUACACCAAACGUUGACCAUAAAAUUCGCGAAAAACAUUUAAGCCCGAAUAAAUGCAAUGAAUCGAAACGGGAUUUGAGUGCCGAUAGAAAAAUUUCUCCGGUUAAUUCGAAAAGUGCAAGUCGUUCACCGUCUGCGAUCGGUAAUUCGAGCAAUUCAUCGUCAAGCAGUGAAGUUUGGGUGACAACUUCCGACCGCACCGCGAGUAAAAGUUCGAAAAAUGCCAAAAGUUCUGGUGCUUCCACGCCGUUAGAUGAAGUGAUUAUUAUAAAAGACGAUCACAUUAAGGAAAUUAUACUUACGCGACCGGGCAGUGCUCCAGCCGACGACGAUAUUAAUGGCUCAAUAGAGGCACAACAGCGAUCGAUGUCAUUACCAAAAUCGUUUCUUGCAGUAAAUUACCAACAAGGGUAAGUACCUACUGUAUUGUUUUA